AGUCACCGAGCGUGAUUGCCCGAGGCCCCUCCCGCCUCGGCGAGGGAGCAUCAUAAAAGCCCUGUUGCAACCUGCUCUCGACACUCAUCCACCUGCUCUCACCCCUCGGAGAGACGCGCCGGACCGCGGAGCACUCGUCGCCCAGCCGCGCCCGCGCGCCAGCUCGCCACCUCGCCACCUCGCCACCAUGCUGGGUAGCAAGCGACUGGGGCUGUCCGGACUGACCCUCGCCCUGUCCCUGCUCGUGUGUCUGGGCGCGCUUGCCGAGGCGUACCCCUCCAAGCCUGACAAUCCUGGGGAGGACGCGCCAGCGGAGGACUUGGCCAGAUACUACUCCGCGUUGCGACACUACAUAAAUCUCAUCACCAGGCAGAGAUAUGGAAAACGAUCUAGCCCUGAGACACUGAUUGCAGACCUCCUGAUGAGAGAAAACACAGAAAAUGGUCCCAGAACUAGGCUGGAAGACCCUUCCAUGUGGUGAUGGGAAGUGAAUAUCGCUCUCCGGUCUUUGCCUAUUUUUCAACCCUUAUUUCAUCCUGUAAAACUAGUCUGCGGGUUCUCCCACUGCAUGCAGCCCUUGUGCUCACCUCCACAGAGUUUCCCUUUGUCAUCACUGUAUAUAUGAGUGUUUAAAUAAAGUACCAUGCAUUCAAAA